CUGCUUGGGGCGCCUUUGGAGGUCCGCGACCCCUCGGAGCGGUGCCGCGCAGUGCUGAGGCUCCGGCGUGGGAAGAAGUCCCACGUGAAGAUCCUGCUAUAGUAGUUCACAAAAACAAACAAACAAACAAAAAAAAAAACCAACAUGUCACGUGCCACGCCGUUUCAGAUGAGAUUCGUUCAUUUGGACCUUAAAGGAGCACCUCCGAAGGUUUCGUACCUCUCUGAGGUGUUUCCCCUACUCCACGCACUUGGUGCAAAUGGUCUCCUCAUUGAGUAUGAAGACAUGUUUCCCUAUGAGGGCCGCCUGAUGCUGCUGCGGGCCAAGCAUGCCUACAGCCCCUCUGAAGUUGCAGAGAUCCUGCGCCUGGCCAAGCUCAAUGAGCUGGAAGUGGUUCCCUUGGUGCAGACAUUUGGACACAUGGAGUUUGUGCUAAAGCAUGCAGCAUUUGCACACCUCCGUGAAGUGGCUCUCUUCCCCAACACCCUGAACCCUCAUGAGGCUGAGUCGCUAGCACUGGUAAAAGAUAUGGUUGACCAGAUUAUGGGGCUGCACAGGGGUGCCCGGUGGCUCCACAUUGGCUGUGAUGAGGUCUACUACUUGGGCGAGGGGGAGACCUCAAAACAGUGGCUACAGCAGGAACAGAACAGCCUUGCAAAAUUGUGUCUGUCCCACAUGCAGGCAGUAGCCAGCCAUGUGCUGGCACAGCACCCUGGCACAACACCCUUGGUGUGGGAUGACAUGCUACGGGACAUCCCCCAGGAACAGCUGAAAGCAUCUGGGGUGCCUCAACUGGUGGAACCUGUGCUCUGGGACUAUGGAGCUGACCUGGAUGUCCACAGCAAAAUCUUCCUCAUGGGAAAGUACCAGGAGUGUGGCUUCCAGAGCCUGUGGGCUGCCAGUGCCUUCAAGGGGGCCACCGGGGCAAGUCAGGCCCUGCCGCCUAUUGAGCACCACGUUAGAAACCAUGAGCAGUGGCUCCAGGUGGCGGUCAGUGGGCCAGUGGAUACUCUGCAAGGAAUCAUUCUGACUGGCUGGCAGAGGUACGACCACUUCUCUGUGCUGUGUGAACUGCUUCCUGUGGGAAUCCCUUCUCUGGCUGCCUGUCUACAGUCACUUGUGCAUGGAGGCUUUGCUGAGGAUGUUAAGCUGAGAGUGGAGCACUUCCUUGGGGUUUCAAGCCUGGAAAUAAUGGAUACUGUGAGUGAGGGAGCUGGCUCCUUCCCUGGCAGUGACAUCCAUGCCCUCGUCACACAAGUCAGCCUCCACCUGCGUAGCUCUGUGGAUACGCUUCUGGAAAGGAACAGGUAUGUCACUGGCUGGUUCAGCCCCUACCACCGCAGGCGGAAGCUUAUUCACCCGGUUAUGAUCCAGCACAUACAGCCAGAGGCACUCAGCCUUCUAAGCAGAUGGAGCAACCUUGUGCAGCAGCUGGAGGCGGCCCUGCAGCUGGCCUUCUACCCGGACACCAUAGAGGAGUGGCUGGAGGAGAACGUGCUUCCGAGUAUGCAGCGACUGCAGGGUCUGCUGCAGGACCUGGGUGAGGCGGCUGCUCCACUGCCACUGCCACCACCCCCCAGCUCAUGCUGGGACACGGGUCAGAACCCCUGAGGGUCAGCCUGGACAACACCAAGAUUCCUGCCUCAGUGCCCAGCCACGUGGGGCCUGUGGUCUUCCUGCUGAACCCUGGACACCUGUGUAGACAGGCUCCCAAACUGUAAAUAGUACCUUAGGCAAAGCAGAA